AUGGAACCCACCGACAAAUCUUCGAUCUCCACCGAGCGCAAGAACAGCGAGAAGACCGUCGUCUCCUCUGCGUCUGUGAAACCAAGCGGAUCUUCGAUCUCCACCGACCACAAGAUCAGCGAGAAGACCGUCGUCUCCUCCGCGUCUGUGAAACGAAACGGGAAGUAUAUUGCCGCCUCCGCGACUGUGAUAAAACCUAACGAGAGGACUGCUGUUUCAUCUGCCAAUCUGAUGAACCCAGACGCUGCUACCGCUCUCUCCUCCGCGCGUGGCGACCAAGCGAUGUUGUUCAGAGAUGGUACCGCGAUUCAGGGUUUUGUCCCAGCUGGACGUGUUGGGACAUUUGAUCUGGUAUCUAGUUCUGUGUAUAACCUGAGUAAUUUUUUCGGAUCCAGAAGCAAAAAUCAGUAUCGGGUUGCUGAUCAUGUCGCCACCGUAUCGUUUUCUUGGAAUACUUCUCUGGUGGUGCUUGAGAACCCUCCAGUUUUUAUUCCAGACGAUAGGUUCAGGUUCCACAGCUAUGAGGAGUUUAAGGCCAAUUGCGACUCCAGGGGUGAUCUUUAUGAUUACGUUGGCCACAUGAAGCUGGUGAAUGGGAAGACUAUCAAGGACCAUAUGAUUCUUGACGAAGUUGAUAUGGCAGAGAAGCGGCAUAAAUUCAAGUCGUAUUGGAACACCCCAAGCGUUCUUUUGGUCACCACUGUGAACCCUAAACACCUUGGAGGCACCCUUGCUCUCACUUCUAUGUCAUCUUAUCGGAUGUUUAUGGAUGCCGAUGUUCAGCCUACUAGAGAUUAUCUUGAAUGGUUGAAUUCCAACUCUGAUAUUGCUAAUAGGAUUGCAGCUGAGGUAGUCACUAAGCCUGAGUCAGUGACUCUUGAAGAGCUAUUCUCUUACGUCAAGCAAGACUCUUCUAAGGUUGCUUGGUUUGAGUGCAUGGCGACAAUAGAUGAUGUUGUCCAGGGUUCUGCAUGGUAUUACAUCUCCUGCGAUGGAUGUAAUAGCAAGGCGGUCAAAGGGCAUACUUCUUUGAUUUGCAACAACAAGAAGUGCGUGAAGACUGAAGUCACAGGCGUACCUCAGUACCUCACGAGGAUAUCUGUGUAUCAUAAGACUGAGCAAGCAGUUUUUGUCAUUCUUGGUGAUGCUGGCAAGGAGCUGACUGGUAAACAUGCAGCAGAGUUGGUUGCUAAUUACUUUGAGGCUAAUGAUGGAGUAGGAGCUGAUCACUGCGUGCCUGUUCCGCAAGCUUUACUUGAUACAAUAGGGCAGACAUGCAAGUUUAUAGUGAAGGUCUCGGAUCAUAAUCUGACUGGCAAGACUCAGACCAUAACCGUCACCAAGAUACUCCAACCAGAAGCCCCACUGCCGUCGACUGUAGGUGUUGGGUCUGGUUCUUCAGGAAGCUCUGGAGAUACUGCAGGUGAUAAGGCUAGAAAAGCCGCUGAGAUCCUUGAGGCAGAUGAAGCAAAAUGUCCCAAGAGUGGCUAA